GUCAGGAGUGGCGUCCGGUCGCACGAGAACGUGUGACUAUUGAAUUGAGUUAGGCAUUUCGAUCGCACAACAAUGCGCCAGCGCACUGCGACCGGUCGCGCGGACCGUAACACGUUUUCAAAACAUUGUCCACGUUCGAUUGUUGCGAUUUGAAAAAUUCACCACAAAACGACAAAACAGCAACCGGCAGUAUUCACAAACACUACGACAUCACGUCAACCUGUAUAACGUUUUGUGCGAGACGACCGAUAGUGCUUGAGACGUGAAUUGGUUAAAGAUGUAGUGGGACCGUGCUGUGACAACUGUGUUCGAAUUUACGUUUGGACAGUACCUGAAUAACAAUGAUUUUUCGAUUGCUUUAUGUCAUUGGAAUAAUAACUGUAGUAGUAGCAGUUCAAUUUGGACCAAAUCCGACGUCAGACAUGUCAGCUGAUGAAAAAAAUAUACUUAAACCAAACAAAACUAUGGAACAAUCAGACGAAAGUGGUCACGAAGUGGAAACUGAAUUGGAAGAGAAAGAUAAAAGAUUUCUAGAUGACGCAAUGAAAACUAUAUUAGAUCCUCAUUCUAUAAUUUUAAAGGAUAACGAUGAGAUUGAUAAUUUCCGUUUAAAACUGGAUGAGCUGGAUAGAGAAAACUUGACACUAGAAGUUUUUAUGGAAGAAAUGGAUAAGUUAAGUUUAGACGUUUGCAAAACAUCACAAAAAGCUUUAUGGUCAUACGUAACCGAUAUUAAUAAUGAGAGCAAAAAGAACAAGAUGGUAAGAAUAGCUGCUGAGGAGGAUGAAAUAAAGAAACAGUAUUGGAAUUCAUUGAAAAACAAAUAUUUGAGUGACUAUCAAAAUAUAAAUGAUCCUAAGUUGCGAAGAAAGUUUAGAAUUAUUAAAGAGCGUGGGACCAAUGUACAGAUGCCUCAGAGCAAGCAAAGAGAAGAGAUAGACAAAAUGCAAAGAAUAUGGAGUAGGGUCACCGUGUGUGCAUACAAUGCCACAUCUUGCAAUACAGAAGAUUCUAUGCGAACAAUGAGUGAUGUCAUAACAGUUUUCAAAACGAGUAAUAACACAAAAGAACUGGCUUACUACUGGAAGGUCUAUCGAGACGCGACAGGUAAAAAAAUACGUCCUAUCUUCAAGGACUAUGUAGUAAGAAUGAAUAAGGUAGCACAAUCAGAGAACUUUACUGAUGCUGGAGACAUGUGGCGUUAUGCUUUCGAAGAUGACCACUUCGUAGAAACAGUUGAAAGAAUAUGGCGAGAGAUCAAACCAAUGUACAAUUUACUACACGACUUUGUUAGAAACAAAUUAAAUGCAUUUUAUAAAGACGAUUUGAAGAACAGUGAAAAUUGUAUACCAGCGCAUCUCUUAGGAAAUCUAUGGGCUCAAGAGUGGCAAGCUAUUUAUCCUAAGGUAGCUGCGUAUCCUGAAUUUAUACGCCAAAGCAAUAUUGAUGGUGAAACUAUCCAUGCCAAGGAUCUUUUAGAUGUCGUGGACGAGUUUCAUCAAUCACUUGGCUUUGAAAGUUCAAAAGAUUCAUAUGAAGACAUAACAGAAACAAUAGCUACUGCUAAUUGUUUACCUUCCAGCCACGAUAUGUGUGAUGGUAUACAUUAUAAAAUUAAAUGGUGCGGUGAGAAAAUAACUGACAUAGUUGUUGGUUUAUCCAGAGCUGCGAGACUACUAGGCCAUAUUCAAUAUUUCAAGCAUUAUAAAGAUUUACCUCCUUUAUAUCGAGAUGGACCUAGCCCAGCCUUCCAUGAUGCGAUAUCAGAUAUAAUGGCAGUACAGCUGACGUCACCAAAACAUUUGAAGAUGUUGAAACUAGUAAACAUUGAUCUAGGACCUGAAAUAACGUUGAACCAUCUCUUAUGGCUUGCCUUAGACAAGUUUCCAUUGAUGGCUUAUGCUUAUGUGUUGGACAAAUGGAGAUGGGAUGUAUUUGGAAACGAUACUAUCGAAAAUUGGAAUCAACGUUGGUGGGAUUUAAGGAUGGCUGAAACGGGCGUAUCUCCACCAGUGCCAAGAAAUGAAAGUGAUUUGGAUCCAGCAGCAAAAUAUCAUGUCGUAUCCCAUGUUCAGUACAUAACUUUUAUGGUGUCGCAAGUACUCGAGUUCCAAAUCCUUCGUUCUUUAUGCAAGAGGGCCAAUCACACAGGACCUUUGCACGAAUGCUCCAUAUAUGGUGUGAAGGAAGCAGGAAAACUCUUCAGCGAUGGAAUGUCACUAGGAGCCAGUGAGAAUUGGAGGGAUGUCCUUCAAGCGAUGACGGGUGAAACUGAUUUAAAUACUGCCGGUAUACUAGAAUACUUCGCAACUCUAGAAGAAUUCUUAAAAGCGCAGAAUUCUAAGAUGGUGAAAGCAGAAGUUGAUGAUAUGGACCAAAGCGCGCCUAUUAUUGUCGGUGCUAUUGUUGUAUUACUAACAUUGUUGAUUAUAAUACUUUAUUGUAUAAAGAAGUAUAGCGCUGGCAGCAAAGUUCUCUCAAUUUGUGGUCUCAGCAAAAACGGUUCAUUAGAUAUAGUGACAAACGAACUGCCUCAAGGAAAGAGGAAUGAAGUUGAAGGCAUUAGUGAAGAUAAAGUUUGAGAGACUGUACUAAUUAUACGAUACAAAAGUUUGAAAAAUUAAAGGAAGAAUUUUUUUGCCAAUUUCUGAUCCAGUAUAUAUACGGAAAACUGGUUAAGUGGUGUUAAAAAUAUUUUGUUUUUUAAGUUGUGCAAAGAACAUUAAGUUUAUCUUAGGCUAGAUUCUUUAAGAUAAACUAAGUUUAAAUUAUGUUUAUCUUAGACUAGAUUUUUCAAGAUAAACUUAAUAGCAGUUGGAGCGAGUGCCACAAGGUUUGUAUUAAAUAGAUUCAAACUAUUAUACAUAACUAUAUGAUGAAAGUCAAAAGCGAGUUUAAUUUUUGCCGUUUGUAGUACGAUUAGUUAAUAUGAAUAAAACACCUUGUACUAAACACUGAUUCUUAGAAUUUGCUGAAGCCACAGAGCAGUGUUUCAUUUCAAUAGUAGAAGGUAUUAAGAAAUCACGUUAAGGCCAUAUAAGCCAAUGGAACUGUACUGAUUGUGUAUCUUAUAUUGAAUAUAUCAUAGUUUUUUAGGGUUAUGUCAAGCAGCUUUUACUCCUUCAUGAUUAUAAGUUUCAAUAGUAAUAUGUUUUGUAACAAUCGCUAGAGAUUGUACCGUUUUGAUCCAUAUAAUGCAAUAUAAAAAUUAUGAUUAUAAAUCAUCUUUAUCAUUAGCUUUUAUUAAUGUUUUCAUUGUUAAUGUCCAGCCUUUUACUAUAGAGAGAUUAUCACUCAUAAUGGGUAAUUAAUUUUAAAUACUGUCGAAAAAGUCCAAGACUAAUAGAGAAACUAUUUUGAGAUGAUAAAUAUGUCUAUAAGUUGUUUGCAAAAGCAUUUAAUUAAUAUUUAAAUUAGAUAUAGCAUUAAAUGCUUAGUUAUAUUGUAAAUUUGUAGGAUAAUGUAAUUAUAAAUAUUAUUGUGUUUGUGUCUGUUUGACUUGAAUUAUAAAUUUUCAUAUGUUUUAAUUCUAAUUAUAUCUUUUAAUUAUUAGCGUUUAAUCAUACAACAAAUAUAUAUCACAUAACUAGUGUAGAUGAAAUGAUAAUACGCCUUAUAUUUCAAAUGAGCUGGUUGUUAAUUUUUAUGUAAGUGAUAUUAUCAAGCGUAUGUGUGUAUUGAAGUGUAUCUAAUUAAUACUGAAUUAAAACAUUGAAUAU